AUGUCUACUGCUCAAUCAAGCUCUAAGCGUAUCCCCAAUUUCGCAGAUCAUGCAUUGAUUGGAGAAUCUGCAAAGCUUCCUAUCAACGAUGCGACUGCUGUCAUCUCGAUCAGUCCAUUGAUCCUUCCAGCUCCAGACCGUAUGAUGGACAUGCACCUUCGUGUCUCUGCACCAGCAACAGGGAACAAUCUCCCAAUAAUUCUCCUCUCACAUGGUCAGGGGCCAUCCAACAACCUAUCAUCUCUGAAUGGAUACAGUCCAAUCGCCAACUUCUGGGCUGCCCAUGGCUUCGCUGUCAUCCAACCCACUCAUCUCGGCUCUCGGACACUCUGCAUCAGCCCCGAGGACCACCCAGAAGCUCCCUGGUUCUUGCGGUCCCGCGUGAUUGAUUGCAAACUUAUCCUGGACAGGCUUGACGAGAUCGAGACACUCUUCCCACAAAUCCAAGGACGCCUUGAUCAUAGCCGUAUCGCCGUUGUUGGUCAUUCCGGAGGCGGUCAUACUGCUGGCCGGCUUCUGGGUGCCCGAGGAAACGAUCCUACCCAUCCCACGUACGAAGAUCUAUCGGACGCACGCAUCAAGGCAGGUAUCCUCCUCGCAAGCCCUGGGGACGGCCGUGGUGGAGAAGGACUUGGUCCCGCCGCCUUGAACACCGACCUCAAAUAUCACAGCCAUGCGGAGAUGAAGACGCCCACCCUGGUCGUCAUUGGGGACAGCGAUGGAUUCCCAUUUUUGACUUCCCGUGGUGCAGAGUACCAUGCCGAUGGAUAUUAUUUCAGCCAGGGUCCAAAGUCGCUUCUCAAGGUGAAAGAUGGAAAGCAUGGACUUGGUGGAGUUUCCGGUUUCGACACGGCCGAAGCAACUGAUGAUGAGAGUCCGGAACGACUUGCUAUGGUUCAGCGUAUGACUUGGGCGUAUCUACGCAGUGUACUUUAUCCUGAAGACCUUGCUUGGUCUGAAGCGUGUGCUGCCUUGGAUCAGCUUCCAGGAUUGGGGAAGGUGGAGAAUAAGGAGUGA